AUGGUAACUAAAACUGCCACUAACGAUACACAAGAAUCCAACACUGCAACACUGAGCCUCGUGCGUAAAGAGACUAAGAGCAGUACUUGUAAUGCCAGCGUUUCUUUGAAGUUAGGCGUGACAACAACUAUAACAACGGGCAUUCCACUCAUCGCAAAGGGAGAGAUAGAAGUUUCGACUGAGUUUUCCUCAGAAUACCAGUGGGGCAAUACUGUGACAACAGAGACCGAAGUGGAGAGCGUGUACACGAUCACCGUGCCGCCAAUGAGCAAGGUCACGGUAAGUCUCCUAGCGACACAGGGUACAUGCGUCGUUCCAUUUUCUUAUACUCAGCGCGACACGCUUAUGAGCGGCGAGCAAGUUGUCUACAACAAGGAUGAUGGCGUUUACACUCGCAUCAACAGCUUCAACUUCUUCUACGAAACCAAACAAGAAAAUCUGUGA